AUGCUGCCUGGCUCGGUUCAGGUUUGGUUCGGCGCAGCAACGCGACAGGCGGCGGUGGGGGUGGAGAUUGGCUCGUCGGCGGCUCAGGAUGUGAUUGGAACGCUGGGGCUCGAUACACUCACAUUCCUGGUGGCCACCGUUAUUGUCAUCCCCUUCUUCCGCAGCUUCAAAGCCAGUCCGAUUCUCGGCUUCCUGCUCUCAGGAGUGGCUCUCAACCAGCUGGGACUCAUUCGCAACAUCUCGGAUGUCAAGGCACUCUCGGAACUCGGAAUCCUCUUCCUGCUCUUCGAGAUGGGUCUGGAGCUGUCUAUCGAACGUCUCAGGGCUCUUGCCAAGUUUGCCUUUGGCAUGGGACUGCCGCAGGUGCUGCUAACAACGCUCGCUUUUGCAGCAUUUGAGCUCCCACCCGACAACGCCAUUGGCACUCGCCUGCUUGAGUGGGCUGCUUCUGCCCGCCCCGACCUGGUGAACAUCCGGUCAGUGGACGAGGCACUUGUCAUCGGGGCUGCUCUCUCGCUCUCCUCCUCUGCCUUCGUACUUCAGCUCCUGUCAGAGAAAGGAGAGCUCGCCACCCGUGUCGGCUCAGCCACUCUUGGGAUUCUAUUGCUGCAGGACAUUGCUGUGGUGCCUCUGCUGGUCAUCCUGCCCAUCCUUGAGAGCGGUGAUUUCACUGAUGACAGCCUAUUCCCGCUCCUCGCAGCAGCAGGACUCAAGUCCCUGCUGGGCUUGGGCGUGCUGCUCUACAUGGGCCGGCUCUUUCUCAGAAGGUUCUUCGAGUUUGUGGCUGAGUCGCGCAGCACGGAGGCCUUUGUGGCGCUCUGCCUGCUCACUGUCACAGGGACGUCCCUCAUCACGAGCAAAUUGGGUUUCAGUGAUUCGCUCGGAGCGUUCUUGGCAGGAGCGUUGCUAGCAGAAACCAACUACCGCACACAGGUCGAAGCUGACAUUCGUCCCUUCAGGGGUCUGCUGCUGGGUCUCUUCUUCGUCACCACCGGCACAUCCAUCGACCUCAGUCUCCUAGCAGCGGAAUGGCCUAACAUUCUCCUCCUCCUCUCUGGCCUCAUCGCCAUCAAGACCGCCAUCAUCACGGCACUCGGCCCGCGUGUCGGCCUCUCGCUGCCCGAGUCCAUCCGCACGGGCCUUCUUCUUUCCCAAGGGGGAGAGUUCGCCUUCGUCGUCUUUGCCCUCGCCAGCCAGCUGGGAGUCCUCCCAGACGAGUUGAACCGGCUGCUCAUUAUUGUGGUGAUGGGCAAGCGUCUGGGCUUCCCCGUCCUCUACGGUGACGGGUGUCGCCCGGCGGUGCUCGAGUCGGCGGGCAUUCCGCGUCCGCUAGUGGCCAUCGUGGUGUACUCGGGCCACCAGAAGUCGAUGGGCAAGCGCCUGGGCUUCCCGGUCCUCUACGGGGACGGUUGUCGCCCGGCAGUGCUCGAGUCGGCGGGCAUUCCUCGUCCGCUAGUGGCCAUCGUGGUGUACUCGGGCCGCCAGCAGUCGGUGUCAUCUGUGGAGCGACUACACGACGCCUUCCCGGGGCUGCCCAUCUACGCCCGCGCAGUGGACGCAACUCAUCUGGCGGAGCUCAGAAAGGCUGGUGCCACAGACGUUGUGCUGGAGAGUGCAGAGGUGAGACGCGUGGGCAGUAGAUUGUGUGCAGAGGUGAGGCGCGUGGGGAAGAUUGAGGGGUACGAUGAGGUUGAGGAGGGUGCUGGAGAGUGCAGAGGUGAGCCGUGUGGUGUGGAGGUGGAUUAUAGAGGGGUACGAGGAGGUUGGGGAGGGUGGCCCGUGCAGCUGAGAAGGGCCGGCGCCACAGGCGUGGUGCUGGAGAGUGCAGAGGCCGGCCUUCGGCUCGGCUCCAUGCUACUCCAAGACAUGGGUGUGAUGAGAGACGAUGUGGUGUUUCUGCGGCGACUCAUGCGAGAGGCUCUUGACUCGGAGGCUGUCACUCGGCGCACGGGGGGACAACGGUUGCUCAAGGACAGAUCGGAUCUGGGCGGCAGCUGGCCGGCCAAGGAGGAGAAUCUGGGCGGCAAGCGGGCGGCGAAGGAGGAUUUGGGCGGCAGUGGGGCUGAUGUGAAGGGUGGCGAUUCCAGGCUGGUGGUGAGGGCUAACAGAGAAGAUGAGUCGGAUGUGGAGGAAGAUGGCAGUGAGGGAGUGGAGGAGGCGGGCUCUUUUUUGGUGACGGAUGAUGGGCUACAGUAUUUUUCGGACGGUGAAGAUUUUGUUGACACGAAGAUAGUUUUCGCAACCAUGGCGUUAGCUCGCCGGUUUAAUAAAAUGUUCGUUCAAGGAGGAAAGCAGGACGGGCCCCCGACCCCUUCCCGCAAGCCUCGCAAUCCGCAAUCGCAAUCGUCGUCGCAAGAUCUCGACAACAACAGCGAGCCGCGUCGCUCGCGAUCGUUCGGACGUCGCAGCUACGACAGCAGCGCGGCUCCCGCCGCCGCUGCGACUCCACCCACCGACGCUUUCGCAAAAAUGCGGUUACCAACGUCGAGUUCGCUGGACGGGAAACGGGAUUCCGCGGGUCAAUCGGUGGACCACGGCGCGCACGAUCAUAUCGUGGAUUCCCCCGAUAAAGUCACAUCGAAAUGGAGCAAAGCCGACUGGCAGGACAUUAUCAGCGCCCUAGAGACGGCUUCUAAAGGGUGUCACAAGUGCGGGGACUCCUCCGCCAAUCCUGCCCUUGCCUCCGCCCUGCGCCUCGUCUCUCAGCUAAAAGCCGGUGGCAAUCACAAUCACAACGACACCCUCUCCUCCGCCGGCACCUCUCCCAGACCUAAUCCCCGAGCCUCCCCCGGACCUCACCCCCGAGCCUCCUUCCCGGACAUGCACGGCGCAAUGACGGACGUGGGCCCGUCCGCGUGCCCGUACCUAGGCGGAAAUGCUGGGGGAGGGGGGGCGGGGGGAGACGCGGGGGAAGGAGGGCCGCGGGUGGCGGGGCUGGUUCGGACGAACUCGGGCGCGAGCAGUAACACGGACUCGCUUAUAACGGGGACGACUCAUAGCGUGGGAGCGGGAGGGGGUGGAAACGUGAGUGCAGCCGACCUUCUGAAUCGGCGCAUGCUGUCAAUGAUUACUAAGGCACAUGAGCUUUACGCCAAGGACACGACCCCCAACGGAAGCAAGGUGGCGGAUUUCCUGCUCUCGCAGCUGCUGGAGCUCACGCAGUCGCCUGCUGGCUUCAUCUGUAGCGCCGUCAGAAAGAACGACGGCGCUGUUUCGCUGAAGACCCACUCAAUCACCAACUUCGCAUGGACCAGGGAGCUGCGACUGUGGUACACAGAGAAUGCUGCCAAGGGGCUCGUAUUCAGCAACCUCAACACGCUCUUCGGCCAUAUUGUGAAGACCAGCGACGUGGUUCUCAGCAACAACGCCGUUGACGACCCCCGCUCCUCGGGCCUGCCCCCCGGCCACCCCAUCAUCCACACCUUCCUGGGCGUGCCACUCUUCCAUGGUUCCGAGCUGAUAGGCGCGUGGGCGGUGGCUAAUAGGAAGGCAGGGUAUGAGGAGUCGAUGCUGGGGGAGCUGCAGCAUGUGACUAAAACGGUGGCUCAGAUCGUGGCGGGCAUUCAGGGCAGGAAGAAAGCGGCCGAGAAGGAGAAACGCAUGGUGUCCAUGCUCAAGAGCACCAUAGACGCUAUUAUAGCUCUGGAUGAGGGCGGCACCAUCACGGCAAUGAACCGCGCGGCGAGGAACCUUUUUGGAUUCACCGAAUCUGCCAGUGGCAGCAGUGGGGAUGACGUGGACGCGUCUACCCUUCCCGACACCCUCCACAUCACGGACCUUCUUGAGUCUGUGGAUGGCUCAGAGGACUUCAUAGAGACUGGCCUCGACACAUUCAUAGGAGACGACCACCCGGUGUCGGCCGUCGGGCGGCAGAUUGUGGGCGGCAAGGUCUUUUUGGAGCUAUCUGUGGCGUCAGGCGCUGCUGCUGACGUGGCAUACGUGCUGACAGCGCGCGAGUUACAGGCAGGGGGUGGGAACGUGCAUGUACCUGGCACUCCAGGCUCUGCUUACAGUGGGGGAGGAGGGAGGAGCAUGGGUGGGGAGAUGGCGGACAUGGGGGCCAUGGGGAGAAUGGGGGCCAUGGGGGGAAUGGGGGGCAUGGGAGGAAUGGGGGGAAUGGGGGGCAUGGGAGGAAUGGGGGGCAUGGGGGGGAUGGUGGGCAUGGGCAUGGGUGGGGGUAUGCGUGGGGGCAUGAGUGGGGGUAUGGGUGGGGGCAUGGGUGGGGGCAUGGGGGCUUAUGAGAUGAUGGGGAAUGGUCGGGGUGGGAUGGGUGCAAUGAGGCCCGCUGCUGGUGGUGGUGGUGGGGUGGGUGCUGGGGCAUCUGCUGGUUCGGAAUUCGGUGGUACGGGUGGCGGUGCUGCUGCUGCUGCUGGUGCUGGUGGUGGUGGCAUUAAGUUGGAAGGGCUUGAUAUCAAGCCUCACGCCUUCGCGGCAGCUCCAAUGGAAGGCGUGGAGAUGGAGGAAGUUGUGCAGGGUGUCGAGGCACCUUCUAACGAGGAUAGAAACGCUUCCGCGGCGGAGCCAGGAUCGAGCACCGCGGAACACUUUGCGGCGACGGAUGCGGGUUUCGCGGCGUCCGAUGCGGCGCCGGAUGCGGCGGCUGAUGCGGGGUACUCGGCGCACGAGAGCGCGGCAGCGGCGGCCGCGGCGGCCGCGGCGGAGCUGGAAGGCGACGGAAGGGACGCGGAAGGAACGACGGCAGCGCCGACGACGGUGAUCACGGAAGAUGCUGAGAACCUUCUGGACGACAUGCUGGGAGAGUCGGAUCCUACUGCCGAGCCUACUGCUGCCGAGCCUGUUCCUGUAGGUGAUGCACAAGCUGCAACCACUGGGGUUGGUGGGGAGUUCCCUGCCGAUGCUACCCCCGAGGUUCCUCCCACUGCUGCGGAAACACCUGCAGAGGAAUCUGCUCCUGCCGAGGAAUCGGCUCUAGCGGAGGGAGCAGCAGCAGGCGCACUAGAUGGAACCGGAACUGGUGCAGAGGAACCUGUUGCUGCAGAGGAAUCUGCUCCUGCAGAGGAGAGUCAACCGCAGGUUGAUAACCAGGAGUCUGUUCCGCCAGUGGGGGACGCACAGGCGGAGGGGGAAGCGGGUCCGCCAGUAGAGGGGAUGGGUAUGGAUGUGAAGCAUGAUGAUGGGAGUGGUGCGCACGGGCAGGAGGAACUAGGGCAGCCUAUAGCGGGUAUGGGAAUGGAUGUGAAGGUGGGUGAUGGAGGCGUGGAAGGGGGGCAGGUGGUGGGGGGAGAGGGGGAGAUUAUAGGGGAGGGAGGACAGGUGGUGGGGGGAGAGGGGGAUGUUAUGGGGGAGGGAGGGCAGGGGGAGGGAGAGCAUGUGGGAGAGCAUAUAGAUGAGCAGGAGGGGGAUGAAGCACUUCGGCUUCGGAUGGGAAUGGAUGUGAAGCCUGAUGGGGAAACUCCUGGGGAGAUUGCGCAGGGGGAAGUGGGGGGAGAGGCGCAAUACGAGCCGCAGGUUGGCGCAGUUGGCAGUGCGGGCGGGGAGCAUGGGGAGCAGGGGGGGCAGCCGUAUGAAACGGGGGCGCAGGUGGGGGGAGCGCAGGAGCAUGGGGGUGGGGAGUAUGUGGGGGAGGCUUAUGCGGGGCAUCAGCAGGAGGGGGAGUUGUAUGCGGGGCAGCAGCUGCAGGGGCAGGAGUAUGCAGGGCAGCAGCAGGAGGGGGAGGCUUAUGUGGGGCAGGAGCAGCAGGGGCAGGAGUAUGCAGGGCAAGUUGUGGGAGGAGAUGUGGAUAUGCAGGAGCAGCAGCAAGGGGCGGUGGUGGGGGAGGGAGGAGAGGUGGGGGAAGCGGAAGCAGCACAUAUGGCUGGGGGCGGGGAGGGAUACACUGACGCGGGGACCCACGAAGGGUAUGCAGCAGAAGCAGGGGCUCAAGGGGGGUUCACACAAGAAAUGGGCAAUGAAGGGUACACUCUAGGGGAAUCGCAGGGUGGGUACACGGGCGAGCAGGGCCAUGAGGGGUACGGGCAAGAGGUUGCGCAUGCAUAUGCGCAAAUGGAGGGACACGUGGCACAGCCUUACGGGGAAGGGGGGAUGGCAGCAGAAGGGCAUGCGGAAGGAGAAACCACAGCAGGAGGAAUGGCAGUAGGAGAAGCAGCGGCAGGGGAAGCUGCAGCAGCGGAAGCAACAGCGGCAGCAGGAGGAGGAGAAGGCGCAGGGGCAGAAGAAGGGGCGGGAGCGGGCGGGAAGGAGAUGAUCCUGGCUGGCACAGAGGCAACAGAUCGGAUCCUGUCAAGUGUGGAGGCGGCAGAUCUGAUUCUGACGCAGCAGCAGCUGCCACAGCCGCCGCCCGGCCCGGCCGUGGGGAACCUGAUGAUGCUGCCCAUGCUUCUGGACCAGAUCGAGGCGCAUAUCCUCUUCUAUGGGCGCAUCUUCCGCAAGGAGCCUUUGGAGGAGGAGCUGCGGAAUCUCGUCUUUGCCUCCAUGCCCUCAGACCUAGGCACACCGGAGCACGAGCGCUGGCUCGAAGUGGUGACUGCAGAGGAAGCAGCAGAGAAGGUGACUGCUGAGGAAGCAGCAGAGAAGGUUCCUGCAGAGGAAGAAGCAGAGAAGGUGACUGCAGAGGAAGCAGCAGAGAAGGUGCCUGCAGAGGAAGCAGCAGAGAAGGUGCCUGCAGAGGAAGCAGCAGAGAAGUUGUCUGCAGAGGAAGCAGCAGAGAAGGUGACUGCAGAGGAAGCAGCAGAGAAGUUGCCUGCAGAGGAAGCAGCAGAGAAGUUGCCUGCAGAGGAAGCAGCAGAGAAGUUGCCUGCAGAGGAAGCAGCAGAGAAUGCAGGAAAGGCCAUGCUGGCACUGGACCGUGAUCUCGACGCCAUGUGGCAGGAGCUCUAUGAGGUGGACAACUGCCACGUGGAGGCUGACAGCUCAGCAGGGAAGCUGGCCGCGCAGGCGCUGGCAGCUGCUGCUGUGGCCCGCGCGUCAGCCGCUGCUGCCAAGUCAGCGUGGGACUUGGUUAAGUAUUACCGGAGCAAGGUGGGGUUGAUUAUGAUGGAGGAGGAGGGGAGGGAGUGGAGGGAAGGGGGCGGUGGAGGAAGGGGGAGAGGAGGGAAGAAGGGGGAGAAAGGGGGAGUGAAAUAUGUACUUGCGCUGCAGGUUAAGCCGAGGAGGGUUAGGAGGACGGCUAGGGAGCUUGGGAAGAUGGGGGAUGGGGUGUGGGAGGAGGAGGAGGAUGAGGAGGAAGUGGAGGGGCUGGAAGGGGUGCAGGGGGCGACGCCUAUGGACGAAUCAGGUGCUGCCACGUGGGCGGAGGAAGAGGGGUUUGUGGGAGGAGGAGGGGGAUCGGGGGGGAGGGGAGGAAUAGGGGGAGGGGUAGGCGGAGGGAUGGGGGGAGUGGUAGGCGGAGGGGUGAGCCCUGUGGCGUUUCAGGGGUAUGAGGGGACGCCUGGGGGGAGGGGAAGCGGAAGAGGCAGGGGGAGGGGGAGGGGGAGAGGCAGGGGGAGGGGCAGGGGCAGGGGGAGGGGGAGGGGGCGUGGGCGGAAGUCAGUCUGGGACGAGGGGGAGGAUGAGGGGGAUGAAGGGGGGGAGUGGCGGAUGGGGAAGAGGUCACGGGGGGAGAUGGAGGGAGGGGGGGAGUAUGGGGAGGAGGAAGGGGAGGAGGCGGAGGAGGAGGGGGGGCAGACUCUGCGACACAAGUUCAGUGUGGGGUCAUUUGUGGAGGUAUGUAAAAGUCCUUUCACUAUACAAAUUGCAGGUGUGGAGACGACUUUUGAGGCAUCUCGGGAGAGGGGGGCAGGCUCUACGGCACGGCAGACACUGCGGCACGAGUUCAGUGUGGGGUCGUUUGAGGAGUUCACUGUGGGGUCGUUUGUGGAGGUAUGCAUGGCGCAUGGCAUGGCCUUUUUUUCGGAGCUAUGUGUGGGGUGUGGCCUCUUUUGUGGUCUGGGAAUGGCGUGGCUAACUCUUCUCACAUGUAUCUGUGUGCCCGUGCUUGCACUUUAUGUUCUGUCUGUUUGGGCAGGUCGCGUCCAACGAGGAGGGCCUGAGCGGCAGCUGGUUCACGGGCACGGUGCUGCAGAUUGCUUUCAACUGUUAGCCUGUCGCGUCCAACGAGGAGGGCCUGAGGAACAGCUGGUUCACGGGCACGGUGCUGCAGAUGGUGGGAAACCACCAAUUCACGCAUACCCUUCUCAUGUGUGUGUGCCCAUGCCUGCACGUGAUGCUGUCUCUGUGCGGCAGGUGGCCUCCAAUGAAGAGGGCCUGAGGGGCAGCUGGUUCACGGGCACGGUGCUGCAGAUAGUGGGCAAACCACCAAUUCACGCAUACCCUUCUCAUGUGUGUGUGCCCAUGCCUGCACGUGAUGCUGUCUCUGUGCGGCAGGUGGCCUCCAAUGAAGAGGGCCUGAGGGGCAGCUGGUUCACGGGCACGAUUCUGCAGAUAGUGGGCAAACCACCAAUUCACGCAUACCCUUCUCAUGUGUGUGUGCCCAUGCCUGCACGUGAUGCUGUCUCUGUGCGGCAGGUGGCCUCCAAUGAAGAGGGCCUGAGGGGCAGCUGGUUCACGGGCAGGCACGGUGGCAUCCAACGAGGAGGGCCUGAGGGGCAGCUGGUUCACGGGCACGGUGCUGCAGAUUGUGGGCAACAGGGCGUUGGCACGCACCAGUUGGAGGAGUGGGUGGGUCUGAUCCCCCCCUCCCCCGCUGCAGGCGACGCCUCUCGCUUUGUCUCGGGCGUGCCGUCAGCCCCCCAGAGGAAGGGGCAGCAGCCGGAGAGGCGGCUUAACCCACCUGCUACCCUUCCUUCCCAACCCCUCCCCCUCACUCCACCAGGCACGCACCAACUGGAGGAGUGGGUGGGACUCAUCCCCCCCUCCCCCGCUGCAGGCGACGCCUCUCGCUUUGUCUCGGGUGUGCCGGGGAGAGGGUCGACGCGUGUGGUCUUUCUCGCUCAAUCUCCCUCUCACCCCCUCUCGCUCUCCUCCCCUCCACCUCUCCUUCCAUUUCCCCCUCUCCCCGUAUCCCUUUCUCGGCAACACAGGUGGUGGGAGGGGGUGGUCACAGCAGUGGACGCACAGGGUCCCAAACUCCCUUCUCCUUCCUGUUCUUACCUCUCAUCCCACCGUCCCGCCCUCUCUCACCUUCCCCCCCUGUUCCUUGUCCCACAGGUGGUGGGAGGGGGUAGUCACAGCAGUGGACGCACAGGGCCCCAAAAUCAGAGGCUUCACUGUGGAGUUUCCAGAGCCACCUCUGGCGCCUUGCUUGCUGCUAACUGCCACUCCUCUCCCCCUGCUCCCCCCUUGCUCUUCCCCCCUGCUCUGCUCUCCCCCGCUGCUCCCUCUGCUCCUCCCCCUGCUCCCCCUCCUGCCCCUCUUUCCCUCCCCCAUCCCAUCACCGCCACCUGCUGUUGUGGCAGGGUACGGGGAGAUGGGGCAGAAGCAGGUGCGGCCGUGGGAAUUACGCCCAUCAAUGGGGUAGCAGGGGGCGAUGAGGAGGAGGAAGAGGAGGAUGUGGAGGUGGAGUAUGUGGGGGAGGAGGCUGGCGCUGCAAUGGAAAUGAAAGCAGGGGGCGAUGCGGAGGAGGAAGAGGAGGAGGGGGACGAGGAGGUGGAGUAUGUGGGGGAGGAGGCCGGCGCUGCAAUGGAAAUGCCGCUUCAACUUUCCAAGGCGUUUCUGAAGUCAUCUCUCACCUCCCGUCCCCCAUCUCCCAUCACCCUCCCAACAUCACGUGUGGCAGAUGGAGAGGCCUCGGAAGAGAGGCAGGCCGCGCUUGCACUGACUGGGGACUUUGUGUCCGCAAUUGUAACCCCAAACAACUGUAAUGAGGAUGAUAACUGGCCUAGCUUUGUGUUCCAAAUUUCUGUGCGAGCCGUCGUCAUGGGUCGCGCGUUGGUGCUUGCGUUGCUCGCGUUCUGCCUGGUGGGGUGCGCCUCGGCGCGCUAUGGCUCCCCCGCCAACGACGAGAAGGAGUUCAUCCCUGGCCAGCCCCAGGAGGCCUUUAAGAGCAGCGGCGGGCGCGUGGAAGUGUGGAGCCCGGACUUCAAGCAGCUUCAGGAUGCGGAUAUCGGCGCAGCUCUUGUGACCAUCGAGAGCCAGUCCCUGGCGCUGCCGCACUACACCGACUCGGCCAAGAUCAACUACGUGGUGGAGGGCGAGGCGUGCGUUGGGCUCAUCACGCCGCUCGGCAUGCCCACCAACAUGCGCCGCCUGCGCAAGGGCGACGCGUACAUUCACCCGCGUGGGUGGGCGCACUGGGCGUGGAACAACGGUAACCAGCCGUUCCGCGCGGUCAGCAUGGCGGAUACUUCCAAGGGCCCGCAGCGCGGCCAGUACACGUCGUUCCACCUCAUCGGCGCGCAGAAGGAGCAGACCGGCGGCAUCCUGCACGGCUUCAGCUCCGACCUGCUCGCGCGCGCGUGGAACGUGGAGGAGAACGACGUGAAGCAGCUUCUGCAGGGGCAGAAGGAGACGGCCUUCGUGAAGGUCCAGCAGAGGAGCCAGGUCGACGCGCUGAACGCCGCAAUCGACGCUCUCAACGCGCGCUCCGGCGAGAACAUCUUCGGCGAUUUCUCGUACAACCUGAUCGAGAACGAGGCGGAUAUUCAGCGCGAGGGCGCGGGCCGCGUGACGUGGGCGAGUGGCUGGAAGCUUCCGAUGUUCCGCAAGGUUGGGUUCUCGGCUGCGCGGUUCGAGCUGGAGCAGAACGCGCUCGCGGCGCCGCAUUGGCUGGCGAACAGCGCGGCGCUGAUCUACGUGCUGAACGGACAGGGGCGGUUCGAGAUGACCCACUCCGAUGGGCGCACGGCGGUGCGGCGCGACGUGAAGCAGGGCGAGCUGAUUGUCAUCCCGCCCGGCCUCCCGCACGCCACGCUCGCCUCCGGCAACGGCAUCGAGCACAUCGCGCUUAUCACCAAGUCGCGCCCGCAGGUGGGCUUCCUCGCGGGAGCCAACUCCGUCUACCGGUCACUGUCUCCCCUCCGUUCCUCGCCCCUUGCUUCCGCCUCCCCCCCGCCGUCUCCCCCAUCCUCCAGCUCGCCUCCGGCAACGGCAUCGAGUACAUCGCGCUCAUCACCAAGUCGCGCCCGCAGGUGGGCUUCCUCGCGGGGGCUAAAUCAUCGUUUCUCCCUGUCUCUUUCCGCCGUUUCCCCCCUUGUUCCCCCGCCCCCAGCUUUCCUCCGGCAACGGCAUCGAGUACAUCGCGCUCAUCACCAAGUCGCGCCCGCAGGUGGGCUUCCUCGCGGGGGCCAACUCCGUCUACCGCUUACCCCUUGUUCCCCCCUAUUGUACCCCGUUUCUUCCGCCCUCCGCCCCCUCCAGCUUGCUUCCGGCAACGGUAUCGAGUACAUCGCGCUCAUCACCAAGUCGCGCCCGCAGGUGGGCUUCCUCGCGGGGGCCAACUCCGUCUACCGCUUCCUGCCGCGCGCCAUCCAGCAGGCCGCUUUUAACGCGGACGAGAAGCUGAUUGAGAAGCUUCGCAGCACCCGCCAGCACGAGUACGUCAUCCUGCCGCCCAAGGGCCACCAGCCCAAGCCCAGGGGGUUCUCCAAGGAGGACGAGGAGGACGUUGAUGUCGAUUUCAGCAUCAUCGACACUCCCUAUGGCUUCUAG